AUGAAGCGCUGGAGCCCUCAAACUCUACCCUCCGGGGAGGAAAAGUCAUACUAUAAAACUCAACUCUUCGAGAAGAAGGAGUCAUACUAUAAAACUCAAUCCUUCGAGAAGAAGGAGUCAUACUAUAAAACUCAAUCCUUCGAGAAGAAGGAGUCAUACUAUAAAACUCAAUCCUUCGAGAAGAAGGAGUCAUACUAUAAAACUCAAUCCUUCGAGAAGAAGGAGUCAUACUAUAAAACUAAACUCUUCGAGAAGAAGGAGUCAUACUAUAAAACUCAAUCCUUCGAGAAGAAGGAGUCAUUCUAUAAAACUCAAUCCUUCGAGAAGAAGGAGUCAUACUAUAAAACUAAACUCUUCGAGAAGAAGGAGUCAUACUAUAAAACUCAAUCCUUCGAGAAGAAGGAGUCAUACUAUAAAACUCAAUCCUUCGAGAAUAAGAUGUCAUAG